UUCCUGCACCACGUGAUGAAGGCGGAAGUGUUUGACCGACUAGUCCGGGACAUGGUCCUCAGAACGCACUUUUGUACACUACAGUAGUUUUUGUUUCGUUUUGGUCCCUUCGGUGUGGAAACAUGAAAGAAUUAUUGCUGAUGAUUAAAAACAGCGUGCCCGUCAAAAAGAAAACGACUUUGACUCAGAGCGACUUGCAGCGUUGGGGUUUAAAGGGGAUCCAGCUGAGGCCUUACCAGUUGCAUGGCGUCCAGUGGCUGACUCAGUGCCUGAAAAACCAGCAGGGAUGCAUCCUGGGAGAUGAGAUGGGCUUGGGGAAAACUUGUCAGACCAUCAGCCUGUUGGUGUACAUGGCGGGCGCGCUUGAUGUUAAAGGUCCGUUUUUGGUUCUUAGCCCGCUAUCCGUCAUGGAGAAUUGGAGGAGUGAGUUGGAACGUUUCUCGCCAUCUUUGACUGUGCUGUGCUACAAGGGAGAUAAAGACAGACGGAUUGAGAUCCAAGGGGACACGCAGGACUUCCUUGUCCUGCUCACCACAUACGAGCUCUGCCUCAAAGAUGCUUCCUUCCUGCGACGGUUUAAAUGGAAGGUUCUGGUCGUAGACGAGGCUCACCGGCUCAAAAACCAGAACUCUUUGCUGCGCAAGACUCUGAUGGAGUUCUCGGUGGGCUUCCGGGUUCUGCUGACCGGCACGCCCAUCCAGAACAACCUACAGGAGCUCUACUCCUUGCUAAGUUUCAUCCAGCCCGCCAUCUUCUCAGAGGACGACGCCGACGACUUCGCCCAGUCUUACGUCGAUGUGCGCAGUCGACCCGCACUUGCUGCCGAACUCCAGAGCAUCCUGGAGCCCUUCUUUCUCCGCCGGGUCAAGUCGGAGGUGGCGGUGGACUUGCCCAAAAAGACAGAACUGGUGGUGUACCACGGCAUGUCGGCGCUGCAAAAGAAAUACUACAAAGCCCUCCUGAUGAAGGAUGUCGAGGCUUUUGGCAGCGAGCAAAACAAGACCCGUCUGCUGAACAUUUUGAUUCAGCUGAGGAAGUGCGUGGACCACCCGUAUCUGUUUGAUGGAGUGGAGCCCGAGCCAUUUGAAAUGGGGGAACAUCUGAUCGAAGCCAGCGGCAAACUCUGCCUCCUCGACAGCAUGCUGACCUACCUGCAGCAAGACGGCCAUCGUGUUCUGCUCUUCUCUCAGAUGACCAGGAUGCUGGACAUUCUUCAGGACUACAUGGAGUACAGAGGGUUCAGCUACGAGCGCCUGGACGGCUCGGUCCGAGGCGAAGAACGCAACCUGGCGGUGAAGAACUUCAGCAGCACGGACAUUUUUGUCUUCCUGCUAAGCACCAAAGCAGGAGGCGUCGGCUUGAACCUCACGGCCGCUGACACCGUCAUUUUCAUGGACAGCGACUUUAACCCUCAAAAUGACUUGCAGGCAGCCGCACGCUGCCACCGGAUUGGCCAGCACAGGCCGGUGAAGGUCGUCCGUCUGCUGGCCAGAGACACGGUGGAGGAGAUCAUGUACUCGCGCGCCGUCUCCAAGCUGGAACUCACCAACGCGGUGAUCGAAGAGGGCCGCUUCUCUCUGCUGGAGCGAGUGCAGUCGGCGGCGGCGGGACUGCAUCUCGGUGAGAUCUUGAAGUUUGGUGUGGACAAGCUGCUCUCCUCUGGCGAGAGCUCCAUCCAGCACGUGAAAGUGGAGAAGAUCCUCGGCGCCUCCCGCGACGGUUGUUGGACGGACGACCAAGACGAGGCCGGCGAAGAACCUUCGUCCUUGCGAGAGGACCACGACGAUGACGGCGACUUGGAAUCCGACAGGCAGAACCACAUGUACUGCUUCGAGGGCAAAGACUACAGCAAGGACCCCAGCUCGGAGGACCGGACCACCUUCCAGCGCCUGCUGGAUGAACAGCUGGCCGAGCAGCAGAACGCCGGCGCCGAGGGUCGAAGUCUACGGAACAAAACCGAGGUGUUGCCGGCAGCGGGGCUCAUCUUCCCAACCAGGAAGCGGCGCCCUCUCACCCAGGCGGAACUGGAGAUGCGGCGACGGAAGCGCCAGGAGGCGGCGGCCAAGCGGGCAAAAUACCAGGCGGAGGCCAAGAAGAAGCAAGAGGAACACAAGUACAAGAAAAAGUUGGCCUGGUGGGCGUCCCGCGGUUACCGAUCUCGCUGCCUGAAGUCUGCGGACAGCGAUGAAGACGAUGACGAAGAAGAAGACGAAGAGGAGGACGGCGGCAGCGUGAGCUCGGCCGACUCUGAGAGCGGCGCCAUCCACUACGUCCUGGGAGACGUGACGCAUCCUCAUGCCGCGCGUGGGGACGCCAUCAUUGUCCACUGUGUCGAUGACUCGGGCUGGUGGGGCAAGGGAGGCUUGUUCACCGCGCUGGAGGUGCGCUCGGAUGAACCUCGACGGCAGUACGAGCUGGCGGGAGAGAUGAACGACUUGGACCUCGGAAGCGUUCUGUUUUUCCCCAUCGAUGACAAACAGUCCCGACUGGACGGGAACGAUCACCUGGCCCUCGUCGUCGCGCAGCGGCGAGACCGAGACAACAAGUUGUCGGGCAUCUUCCUCACGGCGCUCGACCAAGGCCUGAGGAAGAUUCAUGCCGCCGCCAAACGGAAUAAAGCGAGCGUGCACCUGCCUCGCAUCGGCCACGCCACCAAGGGCUUCAACUGGUACGGCACGGAGCGCCUGAUCAGGAAACAUCUGGCUUCCAGAGGCAUCCCCACGUUCAUAUACUAUCACAGUCGCAAAAACACGGCCGACCCCCCCGCCACCGCUUCGGCUUCCUCCUUGGAAGCGCAGGCGCACAGCUCGACCGCAAAUGCGCAGCAGGCCGGCCCGUCCUCCCCCCGGACCUCCUGUGAGCUCCCGAGUUUCAUGAGGGGAAUCCAUGUGUUUUUCUACAACCUGACGGCAACGGACAGGAAGAGACUGGCCCGCUACCUCAUCACUUACGACGGCGACGAAGAGGAGGUGAUGAGCGAUGAGGUGACGCACAUCGUCGCCGAGGUGGAGCACGAAGUCCAGUCUCAGGAGCUCCGUGAGCUGACGCGACGCUACCAUCGGGUCGUGCCUGUGCGCAAGGACUGGCUGGAGGCCUGCUUCUCCCAACAGAGACUAGUCCACAGCGCACGCUUCACACACGCGCUAACAGAAUAAUAAUUGUGCGUAUUUUACUUAAAGAUUGGUAAUCAAGAAGCUUUGUGUAGAAGUCCCACAGGGAUCUGCGCUUGGACCACUCGUGUUCAGUCGUUUCCACAGCAGGAGCGGCACCUGGAGAGGACUGCAGAUCUUUGCGUUGUUCUUCUUCUUAUCUUUGUCCAGUGUCAUUGAUUUUUAUUUCACAUCCUUUGUGAAUGAAGCAAAAACAUUUCAUCUAAAUUGAUUUCAGCUCCUGCAAACACACUUCAAGUACAGUAGGAAUGGAAUAAUAAAACAAAUAUGCUUCAAAAGUA